UUGUCUUUGAACGCAGCUGACAGCAGCACACUCAUGACGUCAUUAACGCUCGACCCGUGAGCAGAUUCCUGUUUGCCGUGUUGGAUCCGUUUGGAUCACUUUUCGGACACAUUUAUGGGGAGGAUGUACCUUUGCUGGCUGCUGCUCCUGUCCAUCUCUGCUGGGGUUUGGUCUGUGCCCAUUGACCGUAAUGGAGCCAACCAGGAGCCCAAAGAAGAGGUGCCGGAGGAAAACAUGGACACAGGUCUGUACUAUGACAGGUAUCUUAGAGAGGUGAUUGAAGUUUUGGAGACUGACCCUCACUUUAGAGAGAAGCUGCAGACGGCAAACACGGAGGACAUCAAGGUCAGACUUUCAGUCGUUCCUACAACAAUCUUCAAUGAAUCAACAAAACUCAUGAAGUGGUCCUUUGUUUGUCUUCAGAACGGGCGCCUCAGCAAAGAGCUGGACCUGGUGGGCCAUCAUGUCAGGACCCGACUGGAUGAGUUGAAGCGUCAGGAGGUUUCUCGCCUCAGGAUGCUGCUGAAGGCUAAACUAGACAGCACCAACACACAGAGCCUUCAGAUGGACCACGCUUCACUCCUGAAACAGUUUGAACACCUGGAUCCUCACAAUCAAAACACCUUUGAGGCCAAAGACUUGGAGCUGCUGAUCUCAGCGGCCACCAAGGACCUGGAGAACUACGACGCAGAGAGACACGAGGAGUUCAAACGCUACGAGAUGCUGAAGGAGCACGAGAGGAGGGAGUACCUGAAGAGUCUGGACCAGGAGAAGAGGGAGAAAGAGGAGAAAAGGAUCCAGGAGUUGAAAGAGAAACACCGCCAGCACCCCAAAGUCAAUGCUCCGGGGAGUGUUGAUCAGCUGCGAGAGGUCUGGGAGGAAACGGAUGGACUGGAUCCACAGGAGUUCAACCCUAAAACCUUCUUCAAACUUCACGAUACAAAUGAAGAUGGAGUUUUAGAUGAGCAGGAGCUGGAGGCCCUCUUCACAAAGGAGCUUGAGAAGGUCUACAACCCGAAAAACGAGGAGGACGACAUGAUGGAGAUGGAGGAGGAGCGGCUAAGAAUGAGGGAGCAUGUGAUGAAAAAUGUGGACACAAACAGAGACCGACUCGUCACCCUGGAAGAGUUCCUUAAAUCCACAGAGAGGAAGGAGUUCAACAAUGCCAAAGGGUGGGAGACUCUGGACUCACAGCCAGUGUACACAGAGGAGGAGCUCCAGCGCUUCGAGGCUGAGCUUCGAGACAAAGAAGAAGAGUUGAAGAGGAAAGCAGACGCUCUUCAUCAGGAGCAGGAGCUGCUGAAAGAGAGAGGAAAAGCUCUGGAGGCUCAGAGGAGAGAGUACCAGCAGGCCGUGUUGGAAAUGUCUCAGAGGCAGCAGCAGGGAGCAGAGGUGGAGCCUCCUGUGGGACCUAAUGGUGACCUUCAGCAACAGGCACACAAACCUGAAGAGGCCAAAGCCCCAGCUGAAGUCCAGAACAACCUGCCUGCAGAACCACCACAGAACCUACCCAUACACACCUAAAGCACCGCUAUGUAACAGCCUAAAUAAAGACACACUUGAGUAACAGUUGACACAUUAUAGCUGGGUCGGGGUAUGCAAUCUGAAUCACAGGAGCCGUAUAAUUAACCUUCAACAAAGCUGCUUGUUUUUCAUGACCUGUCGUGCUGUGUGUUUCAUUAUUGUGGUCUAUAUUAGAUUCAAGAUAUCAAAACACCAGCUCUUACAACUUGUUUUGCUAUGUUUUUUGGUUUUUGAGGCACUUUUCAUUCUAGCACAUUCAUCAAAGGACUAUUACAAAUGUCAUUGAAUAAAAUGUUACCUUAAAACCCAGA